AAAAUUCAAAAACUGUAACCGCUAUUCCCAUUUUCCGCCAACGCUGCCCGGCCAUGUACGACGAAUCGGAAACCCGCAACUGGCUGCGCGAAUUGACGGUGGCGAUUCUCUCUCGCCUAGGGCCCGUAGAUAUCCUGACCUUUGCGCAAAGUGUUUGCUCUCUGUGCGCAUAGUGUAAGGAUCCCUCCAUGUGGCGAUCUAUCGACUUCCACGAUUACUGCUACCAGCCCUUCCGUGAUCUCGAGGAUAUGUGCAAGCGAGCCGUCGAUCGCAGCAAAGGCAAUUUGGUCAAUAUCAACAUCGAGCACUUUGCUACUGAUUACCUUCUUGAAUGUAAAACUGAGAGAUCAAGUCAUAUCAGACGCCUUCGACUUGUACCUUGCCAUUGGGUUUCAGAUAAGGGAUUGUGCAAAGCAGUUAAGAAACUUGCCUUCAUGGAAGAACUAGACAUUUCAUACUGCUCUAGUUCAGCGGCUGCUUUGAUAGUUGUUGGUCGUCGUUGCCUUCAUUUGAAAUCAUUCAAAUACAAUAAACAGGAUAGAUGUCGUUAUGGAUUCACUAACAUGUAUGGCUCUCGGGAUAAUGCUGCAAAAGCUAUUGCAAAAAAUAUGCACGAAUUGCGCCACCUCCAUCUUUUUGGGAAUAAACUGACAAAUUGUGGCUUGGAGGCCAUUCUCGAUAGUUGUCCUCACCUUGAAUCCCUAGACCUGAGCCAUUGUUUCAGUGUUAGUCUGCAAGGGGAUUUGGAGAAAAGAUGUGCCAAACAGAUCAAACACAUACAGCAACCCAAAGAUUCUACUCAAGACUGUUAUGAUGUUUAUCACAAAUCUGCUUUAUAUGAUGAUUCUGAUGAAGAUGACCCAUCCGAAUCUUCUUACAGUGAUUCAAUGUCUGAUGGGGACUAUGUUUACCAACUUGAGUAAUCAGAUAGUGAUUACCCCGUUGAGCCCUACAAUUAUGACUCUUUUGAUGAAUACUUUUAGGAUGAUUGAUGAAUUUUGAAGAUGAAGCAGAAACUCGAUGAGGGUAUGUAGAUGUUUUCUUUUCCCACAUAGCAAUUUUUUUUUCCUUUUCUAAUUCCUUGCUUUGAUAAUGAAAAAACAUAAGAUAUGAGGCUCUAUAUUGAUGAUUGCAUUUGAGAUUCGCAGGUGUAUAAGAUAGGGCAUUUUGUCUGCCAUUGUUUGAGGAUCAAGAUAAGCCAAAAGCCAAAUACCAAUCUGGAAGAUUUCAGAUGAGGGAUUCUGCAAAGCAGCUUCAAAACUUAGUUUGCUCGAAGAACUGAAAUUUCAUUCUGCAAAAGCAUUGAAAGUUGUUGGUUGCUGUUGCCCUCACUUAAAAUCUUUCAAAUUCAACAAUGAGGAUAUACGCACAGCAUUGAGUCCGACGAGGAAGCAGAAGCAGAAGUUAUCACAACAAUGGAUGAAUUAUGCUGCCUCCAGCAUUUUGGGAAUAAGCUGACAAACCAUGGCUUGUGGGAUGUUCUUGAUGGCUUGUAGAUACUUUUUUGAUGUUACUACAAUGCCACUCUAAUCAAGUUGCAUCUUUUAAGGCAAGUUCCUAUUUUUAUUGUGAAUGCUGCAUAUCCUGCAACAGUUUUUGAGAGGCUCCUUGUUUUGCUUCGCUCCUAAUAAGUAAUAACUAAUCCUUCUGUAAAACAGCCGUUUGCCUUUGAUGGGCUUUUGCUAUUAAUUCUACACUCUUUUGGUCUUAUGGGCUCUGGAUCUGUUAGAAUCAAGGAGUUAGUAUUAG